AUGGGCCCUCUGCUGGGAGCGAGCUGCUUGCUCCUGCUCGUCCUGAACGCCUCCGUCGCUCCAGCCUCCCUCUCACCCGAGGACUACGCGGCCGACGAGGCGGAGCGCAACGGCAACGACGUUCUGUUCGACGACUACCGCGGCAAGGGCUGCGUGGACGACAGCGGCUUCGUCUACAAGCUGGGCGAGCGCUUCUUCCCCGGCCACUCGAACUGCCCGUGCGUCUGCACCGAGGAUGGGCCGGUGUGCGACCAGCCCGAGUGCCCCAAAAUUCACCCCAAGUGCACCAAGGUGGAACAUAACGGCUGCUGCCCCGAGUGCAAAGAGCUCAAGAACUUUUGCGAGUACCGGGGCAAGACGUACAAGAUCCUGGAGGAGUUCAAGCCGUCCCCCUGCGAGUGGUGCCGCUGUGAGCCGAACAGCGAGGUGCACUGCGUGGUGGCCGACUGUGCCAUUCCUGAAUGUGUUAACCCCGUCUACGAGCCUGAGCAGUGCUGCCCCAUCUGCAAAAACGGUCCCAACUGCUACGCCGGAUCCACCAUCAUCCCUGCCGGCAUCGAAGUGAAGGUGGACGACUGCACGAUCUGCCGCUGCCACAACGGGGACUGGUGGAAGCCCGCGCAGUGCUUGAGGCGCGAGUGUCUCAACGGACAGACGUCGUAAAGGAAAGGAAACCCUUCGGAGACGUGUCUCGAGGAGUGAGACGUCGUAGUCGUAGACGGUGCCGAGCAGCCUUGGACCUCCCAGUUUGGGUUGUGGCAUGAGCACAAUACACCCGGUUGACUAAGAGACCUAAGAGACCAUGCUAAUACACUGCACACC